AAACUAGCCUACAGAACCACCCAAGAACCAAACACACGGGUUUAAAACAGGAGCUAGACAACCACAUGCUAACACAAAGGGGCUUAAAACAGCUGGUUAAAGAACAGGACUCGUCCAGCUUUGGUGUUUCUCUCAGGAUUAAUCCCAGUGAAGCACCUGAAAAACAAAUAAACAAGGUUCUCUACUACUGAAGCCUCAAAAAUCUCAUAAGGCCAUGGGGGAUGAGGAGUGGACGUCCCACCUGGGGCAGUUUUCCAGUACAGGUGUGUGACCCUCUGCAGCUGGUGACAGACCUGCUCCUCACCACAGGGUAAGUAAAUGUCCAGUGCAGGCCUGUGGACAGUUUUUUCCAGAUUCUCUCACUCAAGUUAUCGAGGAGAAUUUGUUCCCCAGCUUUCUUGCGCAAUAAGACAGUGUUCGUCUCCAUCUAAUCCAAGAUGUGUUGACCCGUGACCGGGCAUCCGGGAUGGUGUCCCUGUCCAGUGAGACCAGAGACCUGAAGCAUUUAAAUUGGGUGGUAUUUUCCGUAUCCUGGCCAUCAGUUUGGACUGUUCCAGGAGUCUACAGGCCGCAUUGGAGGAAUUUCACCUCCUUGUUGUUUAGUACAUAGUCCGUUCUCUUCAAGCCAGUUCUUCCACUACUGAGACUUUUUGGAGGGCUUGCCCUGUGUUUAGAUAUAAACUCAACAUAUUGUUUGGUGUUAUACCUGAAUAAAAUGAAUAGAACAUAAUGCAAGGAAAUUAUAAUAAAAUUACCCUUUAGUAAAAUAAAAGAAACUCAGCAAAUUGGUAGAACUAUCUGGGUAUAAACGGACUACACAUGUUUCCAGUUGAAUCUAACUCAGGAUGUGUUAUGUCCAAUAUUUACCCAAGGUAUGGUUGAAAAUGUUCUGCAUUAGAUUGUUUAGAAUUGUAUGAACAGAAUGUAAUACACACUCCUCUGAUGUCCUUAUAGUAAAUAGUUUAAUUUAAUACCUUCAUUAGUUUAUUCUUAUUAAUGUUAUAAUGUAUAUAUUAGUUAAUCCUUCAUGGUUUUCUUUGUUAUUCAGGCUUGUGUUUGUGUGAGAAACCAGGAAUGAUUCCUUGUAGGUCUGAUUUCAGGUGUAGGAGUCCUGUCCCAUGGGGCCUGAUUUUUCAGAAUCCACUCAUUAGAUACCUGAACUCGUCCUUUUUAACCACCAGAUGUCACUAAAAUGUCUUGAACAUGUUCCUCUCUGUGAUGAAAAUCUGCAUUUAGAAUUAUGUUUUAUUUUCUCAUGAUGAAAAGGUGAUGUCUAUGCAAAACUUCAAUUCAGUUUUAUUUCUGUAGAGAUUUUAACAAUGGACAUUGUUGCAAAGGGAAGGAAUGACCAGCCUGGUUCAAGUCAUUUGGAAAGCUGUUACUGAAAUAAGCGCUUUAUACAACCAUGCUGAGCCCAAAAGAAGACAAUCUCAGAACACACAACAUGAUAAACCUUGAUGCAGAUGGACUGCUGGUCCACUCUGUCCACUCAGACAAGCACGAGAAUCUGAGGCUACAGUAGGUACAGGCUAAAAGUGGACAGUUUAAAGCUUGCAAUAAGAACAGUGAAGGUUUUUCUCCUCUGUCCAGUAACAUUUCUGUCAGCAUGAAGAGCAGUACAGCUGAUCCUAUUGAAGUGUACAUUACAGUAAGUAAGUCUUCUCUCAUUGGGCUCUGUAUUUUGUUAUGGCUGUACAGUGACUUUGGGUAUGAAAAUAGAGUAUAUAUAAAUAUACACUCACUGUCCACUUUAUUAGGAACACCUGUGCAUUCAUGCAGUCCUCUAAGUAGGCAAUCAUGUGGCAGCUGCACAGUGCAGAAAAUCAUGCAGAUACAGGUCACAAGCUUCAGUUAACGUUCUGACCGGUGAGUGUAUAUGGCUAUCGUGUGUGUGUUUGCGUGUGUGUGUUUUACCAAGCUGCAUAUGCGAAUUCGAUGAUGGGUUUAUUCAUCAACACUAUCAGCUCAACAACGGCUACACAGACGUCCCAAACUAGUGAGAAGUCUACAAAGAAGAAGCAGGGUGGAGCGAGGAAAAUCUCCAGAUGGUGUUUCUGGAAGAAGAGCAAGACGUCUGCUUCAGUACCUGUGAAGACCUCAGAAAGCACUAUCAGCUCAGCAACGGCUACAGAGACGUCCAAAUCUAGUGAGGAGUCCACAAAGAAGAAGAAGCAGGGUGGAGCAAGGAAAAUCUCCAGAUGGCGUUUCUGGAGGAAGAAGAGCAAUGUGCAACCUGCAGCAUUUACUGAAAGCAGCUCAGAAUCUUCAGAAGAGACCCCCCAAAUGGUCUUACUGAAACUGUUAGCAGGGUCCACCCCGGGGAAUACCCCGAAGGCCACAGAGGUCAAAGAGCCCUGUAUUCCAAAAGAUUUAAAAAGGUCAUUCCAGACCAGUCUAAAGAGUACAGUAAUGGAGGACAGGCAGGAGGUGAUGCUCCAUGACCAUGAAAGGAAGGAGGAAAGAAUUAUGCAGUACUACUGGGAGGACAAACUGGAAAGGCUUCUCCAGGAACUGAACCAGUUGGCUUCAGACAACCAACAGAAGAAAAGUGUAACAGAUCUACAUGCAUUCAGUUCCAAAAAGAUGAUGCCUGAGGGAAAGACACCUUCCUCUGAUGGACAGAGCCAGUGUCCAGCUUCAUCUGAUAGUCAAAGCUGGACUUCAGAUUCCUUUGACGAAAACAGCAUGGCUCUCUCCUACAUCCCAGAAAAUGAAGAGCUCCUUGGCGGGUUGCCUAAUUUUGGUAACAACUGCUACAUUAAUGCGAGUCUGCAGUGUCUGUUCACAGCUGAGGCUUUCUGUGAACAGCUCUGCAACCUGCUGGACAAUUCUAACCAGAACAUAGAGGACACAUUCAUCAGGUGUUUUGCGGAAUUGUCGAGGAUAAGAAAGGGAUCAGAGCCUCGAUAUGACACAGAGUCUAUUCUCGAGGCCCUCAUUGAAUCAGCUGCUGAAAUCAACCCAGAAUUCACCAUCGACAACCAGAAUGAUGCCCAUGAAUUCCUCUGCCACUGUCUGACCCAAAUGGAGGAGGCUGGACGAUGGCAGGGUUGGCAAGAGGAUGUUCACCCUAGAUGUCCUAUCAAGAACAACUUCAUGUUCCAGAUGAGGAAUAUUAUAACAUGCUCCAGCUGUGGAUCCCAGCAGAAAAACAAAGUGGACGUGUUUAAUCACAUCUCUCUGCCUUUGGUGUACAACUCGGUGGACCAGUGCCUCUAUGACGCAGUUAAUAAAGCAUCAGAGAUCGAGAGCAAGUGCACAAUGUGUGGAGGAGAAUAUGCCAGCUCCAGGUGGACGUUCCACACUCUGCCCAGGUUUCUGGUUAUGCAGCUGAACAGGUUCACGUUGACUAAAAAUUACAGAGUGGUCAAGCUGAACACUCCGAUGGACAUCCAACCUGAGCUGCAGAUAGGAGCCUGCCCUCCUCAAUCCCACACGCCCGGAACAGGGUGGAUCAACCUCCACGUAUCGGCUGAUCAGUGUCCUGAGCCAUGUUGGAUCCUCAGCUCAAUACGGCCAUUAUCUGAGUGAUUGUUACAGUCGCCGUGAUCAACAGUGGAAAACCUACAACGACGAGUGGGUCACUCCGAUCACUGAGGAGGACGUCUUAAAGAAGAGGUCGUCUGUCACCUAUGUGCUCCUCUACGAGAGAGUGAGCACUGGCUGAAGUCAGAAACCUGGAGCAGAUGGGAGACUACAGAGCAUUUCCUUAAUAAUCACAAUAAUAGAACAAAAAAUUCCUGCAGAUACAGGCCAUGAGUCUUUGUUAAUGUUCACAUAAAGUCUUGUUUACAUCACAGAUCACAAUGGGGCUGGUGGUAUGUAUAUAUAUGUAAAAUAAAUGCAGUCAUAAGAUUGUGUGCUACAAGUAAAACUCUGACAUUGUUUACGGCUGGUGAAGAGAAUAUCACUGAGCUGAAACAUCAGGCUCUUAAUCUGGACUAUAAUCCAUUUUUAACAACAUGAAGAACAAAGGCCAGACUGAGGUCCAGUAACUAUUUGCAAUAACAGUUUUAUGGAAGAGAAAACAUUAUUAAAUAAUGCCAAGCACAGCCGAGAGAGUUCGGCUGUAUGUGGUUUUAGAGGGGCACCAGGGGGCACCUCCAUGAACAUAUAGUAUAUAUAUAUGGGGAAAUUUCAGAGCUAGAGCAGAUUCUGGGACGUCCUGAUGAACUGAUCUCGGGUUGAUUUCUAUUUAGCAAUAUACUUUAUUUUUUUUAUCCACGACUCCUGAGUAUUAUUUUGUUAAAAUCUUUGUUGAUUUGAGUAGCUCGAGAGACGUGACCGUAAACCCCAUGUGGCAGCAGACGUGACACAGGCUAUCUGCACCUGUUGGUUCGUCCCCUCAGACCGGUGAGCAGCUGCAUAACUGCUAAGUAGCAGGUCAGGAAGUGAUUCUGACCUCUAGUGCUACUAGUACACAGGCCAUGUAUGCUCUGAAGUGCUAGCCUUUUUGUGGGUAGAAUAUUUUAUGCCAAAAGGGCAGAAGAACUGAAUGCCUUGGUGAUAGGUUUGCCCUGUAUGUUCUGUUGAAGGUUGUUUCCUGGACACUGUAGAAUUAAGACUUCUGCUGUAAUGAUCAUAAAGAACACCUUUUGAACACCCUCAGUAUUCUCUAUAUCGUACACCACUGAAAGAUUUGAAGAGUUAUGAUCUAUAACAUCACAGUCCAGUGUCUCCCAGAAGAAGAUGACUUUUUCCUUGCCACCGUUUCCUCUGGCUCGCUCAUUAAGGGUUUAAAUCUACAGCCGUAUCUUUGUGAUGAUCCGAGAUCUGUUAAUAAAAUUAUAGACCUAAAAUGUAGCAGCUCCAGA